CUAAACUGUUUGUAUGUUGUCAUCAGAUUGAUAUGUCAACGCGCAGCACGUCCACAUCGUUCCGCGCUCGCCGCGGCCACAAGGAGCGCUCCAAGAACUUCACCGAGCUGGAGAAGAGGACCGUGCUGGAGCUGAUCGCGCGACACCGCGACGUGUUGCGACAGGGCCGCUCCAACAACGCCACCAACAGGAGCAAACAGUUGGUGUGGUCGACAAUAUGCGAGGAGGUGAACAAACGGUGCGGCGGCGAGCGGCCGCGCACGCCCGCGCAGGUCAAGAUGUGGUACGAGAACUACAAGAAGAAGUGCAAGAUGCGCGCGCACGAUACUCAGCAAACGCAGUCAGAGGCGCCGGGCCUGCUGGACGGCAUGCUCUGGCAGAACAUACACCCGCUAGAUGUUAAAGACGAGGAGUGCGAAGCUACCACCAGCGCGGACCUGAGCGGGAAGGAUGAGGACCACACGCCUGUUAACGUGAGUGUGAUACGAAUGACAAACGGCCGACUAUCAAGUACGAACGAAAGCGAAGACACGAUGCCCAACGUCCUGGAGCCGCACGUGACCAUCAUCCCGCAGUCCCCCCCCUCCCCGGCCUCCGCCCCCCUCCGCGCGCACUCCCCGCGCUCCGCCCCCACUCCCUCACCCCCCUGCUGCCCCCCUCCCCAUCCUCGCCAACCCCUCCAAGCGAUCGAACAAGCCAGGAUACAGCAGAACUUCCUACAGAAACUCAACGAAUUUUCUAAUACUCCGCUUAAUUUGAGUAACUUAGACGAUAUUAAACGAAAGAAUGGGCAUGAGGGUCAGGAGAAGUUGGAAGAGCAGAUCAAGCAAGACUGUGGGAGUGCCACCGAGGAGGAGAGGCUGUACUUCACGGCGAAGAGGCAACACGCGAUAUGGGAGCACGAGGCCAAGAUGAAGAUCCUCAACAUGGAGCUGCGGCAGAAGGAGGAGAUCUUCUCGCUCCAGAAGCAGCUGUUCCUCAUCGAGCUCAGAUUGAAGAUGGACUUCUUGGAGAAAGCCAGCGCUAAGUGAUGUGAUAGCGCAGCAGUACGGAACGCCGUCAUCCCACAGUUAGCUUCGAGCACUUACAAGUCGCACAGCAGAGUGUUAUCUAGUUAAAACGUGCCAUCUAAUGUAGUUACCUAAAUAUUCCUCAGCGGUUGACACUAGACUAAACCAUUUAAAACAUUUAUAUAUAAAAAAAAAACUUUGGUAAUGCGUUGUAAAAGCAACUUUAAGGCAUGCGCGAAAGGUUGUUUUUGCAAAAACCUUUAAAGUGACAUUUGACGAAAUCCGAGUAGGAUUUUUUAUAUAUAAAUGGUUUUAAACGAAAAUUGCAAUAAUUCUUAAAAGUAGUCACCAAUUAUACAAAAGGCAAUGAUUGGUGUUUAUUUACAUUUUUAAUUAUUUAUUGCUAGGCCUUAGGCCAGGCUGAGGCCGUGGACUAACAAGCAAAUAGGCCAAUGGAAGGCCUUAUUGAACAACGAGUUAAG